AUGGCAUCAAUACUCCAAACAGUCAGCUGGACCCUGAGAAAUACCGGCCGAGUCGCCAAAAGAUCACUCAGUACUAUCAAGCCCACCCCCGCUCUUCCAGAGUCGAUGCGGCCGGUCAUCUGGGUCCUCAAGAAAGCUUGCCAAUGCGUCAAAAAGAAUGCCCAAUACUACUACUACCAUCCCCGCGAAGCCUGGGAGGACCUCACCACCUACGCAAGGGACAACCCUAAAGAGUUCACGUUCAUGUGCAUAUUGAUUAUCGGCGGGAUUCUGAUGAUUGCUCUCCCGCCGGCGCUCGGAUUUGGCUCAGUAGGGAUCACUCUAGGGUCGGUUGCGGCGGGUUGGCAGGCUGGUAUCGGCUCCGUGGCGGCGGGAUCGCUGUUUGCCACAUUGACAUCGAUGGCUAUGACGGGUGCCUUUGCAGCCAUCGGGAGCUCGAUGAUCGUGCUAGGGUCCCAGGCCCCGCUGCUAGGCUGGCUACUUCGACGGAUGAAGUCAUUGAUGGCGGAUACAUCUGCCGGCAUAAUAGAGCUCGGGAUUCUCCCGAACUCGCUAACGCUACAGAGAGCUCUUCGCUCGACCGCUCCGGCGGAUUCCAUCGUUAGGAGUACGGAUAGGCCACUGGGUCCAGGGUGGUUCCUCGACCCAAAACAUACAAACAUCAGGAGCGGGCCAUCGGCGUCUGAGGGGUCAGACACAGGAUUCAUCAACAAGCGGACCAUCAUAACCAACUCGAGGGAAACCUAUCAAAUGGUAUGGGACGAUUUGGAUCUCGCAGUGUACAAUCGGACGAUCAAGGAGCAUGCCUUGUCUGGGUUCGAUGUGAAGAUUCAAUUAGUCCGGCCACAGCGGAAGCGCAGGGAAGAGGGUUUUUAUGAGAGGUUUAUAGAUCAUGAGGAGGGUUGUCAUGUGGACUGCUGGUGUAUUGGUGAUAUCAAGGAUGUUCGGUUUUGA